AUGAAACCAAUUGCCCAUUCGAAAGUUCGACGGAAUGCUCUACUUACAUUUCGAGCAUUCAAAUUAGGCAGAGGCAUAGCCAUACCGUCUUUCUCAACAGAGGCUUCUUCAAAACCACCCUGCCUGCAAGCCUCACUGUACCAGGAACUCACAUCUCGCCCUGUGAAAAGGACCACCGAUAGAAUCACUCUAAGUCCCUGGCAUCUCCUCAAUACAACUCUCGCAGAUUUCCUCCCCCCGUCAUGCUACCCAACGGGCUUUGACGCUUCGAAUCCGGACGCCGCGUACGACGUUCCCCCUGACCCCGAUGUAAACGACUUCCUCCCCCAAGGCCACCAUCUAGUAUACUUCCCUCCAGCAGUGGUAGAAAGCGGUCUGCUUCCCGAUGGCACCGACAGUCUGCAUUCCCCUGGUCCCCCAUUUGUGCGGCGGCUUUGGGCAGGCGGCUCUAUCAUCUUCAAUUGCCGGGAAAGGUAUCAAUUGCGAAUGCGCAAUACAUUGGCAGUCUGCAGCGAAAAUAUCACAGAUGUCAAGGUUCAAGGCGCCGAAGGCGAUGAGAAAGUCUUUGUAUCAAUCAGGCGGAGGAUCCGUUCAAUACCACCUCGGAGUCCGCCAGAAAAAGAAUUGCUGCUGCAGUCGAAUGAAAAGGCGAUGUUGAACCCGGUAGGCGGCGAUAUAGGCAACCUGGCUGUGAGUGAAACCAGGCACUUGGUCUUCCUGAGGGAGAAAUCCAGGGAGCAAGCCAAGAAGGACUUGGAGAAGGUAGGGAAAGUCAUAAAGCGUAGGUCGCAGGAUGUGCUCUAUUGCAUGAUCGGGCUACUGCUGAAUAUGUUCGCAGCUAAAACCACGCCCGAUUUCAGCGUCUCCAUUACUCCGACACGGGCAUUGCUCUUUCGCUUCUCAGCCCUGACAUUUAAUGCCCACCGCAUACAUUUCGAUCCUCAAUAUACCCGGGAAGUGGAAGGUCAUCGCAACCUACUGGUCCACGGUCCGUUGACCUUGGUGCUUAUGCUCUCGGUUAUGAGAUCGCAGCUGAAGGAAGGAGAGAUGAUCGCACGAUUCGACUACCGGAACCUGGCUCCGCUGUAUGUUCAGGAAGAGAUGAGAAUCUGCGUGAGACGGGAUCCGGAGCAUAGGGCUAAGCUGGAUGUUUGGGUCGAGGGGAGGGAUGGGGGAUAUGCAGUCAAGGGGGUGGCCGAGCUUCGAAAAACCGUGUCGUUUUGGUCGUCCAAAUAUCUGAAGCUGGACUGGAGGCCUGAUCCAGAUCCGGCUUCUGACAAGUGA